AUGAGUCCAAGAGACUUCAAGUGUUCGAACCCACCGGCAAAGGAGGAGAGGCAGCAGGAACUCCCGCACCGAGAAGAGGGAACGUUCCGGGAGAUAAGUCAAGACUGUGUUGAUGGAGAUGAUGAUGGAGACAAGAAGGAGGAGCCCCUGAACGAGGAGGUUAUGGCGGUGUCCACGUAA